UUUGUCCGGACUCUUCCGACAUCGACUAUAUUCGACAACCACUGGAGCAAAUUGUAAAUAGCAUUGGUAUAUAUUUUCUGUGGUCAUCGUUGUUCAUUUUAUUUUUGCUCCCAAUCUCACCGAUUACUGUAAGACUUCUGGUUAUAUUUUUAACCACGAAACACAGCCUUUCCGAUUACAAUAACACAGUAUUUAAUUGAUUUCAAAGUAUACAAUUUUUGAACGAACCUCAUCGUGACGAGACCGAAUCGGAAAAAAACCGCUUUUUCACUACGAUAAUUUUCUCGCACGAAGGAAACAAAUAUACGUGUCAAACAACAUUUAUCGAGAUCAAAAGCAAUCAGCAGUUGGAGGCUAUUUACAAAACGCAAAGGAAGUCGAGCUAAUAUACGGUAUUCAAUUUAUUCAAGUUCAGCGAAGUCUUGGCCAAGUGUCCAUUGGUGUUCAGUGGUCGCAAUUUGUAGCUAUUUAGAAAGUAAUUGUUGAGUUGUCAUGAAUGGCUGUGUCUGUGUUCAUGGUCAAGAAGUACUGAGCAAAAAUCCAUUCUAUCCAAUGGCCAAGACACAAGAUGAAACAUCAUCUAUUCCGAAUGGCAAUGAGAAUUCGCCAACAUGCAACAGAGAUGAAAUGUUCUCUGUGAGAUCAAGAAUUUUGAAGACACCACCAAAGAACAGUGCUACAUCUCUUUGUAAUGGAGACUUAGAUAAUUAUAUAGGGGAAGAAAGUAGUGGCGUUUAUUUUGCCAGAAAACUUGAUGAAGAGGAACAAAGAAUAUCAAAAUUAUGUUUUGCUGUCCAAUUACAAAUGUGGGAGAAUAGCCCUCCUGAGGAAGUCAAAGGUAAAAUACGAGCUGCAUCUGGGAAAGCCAGACUUCUUUUGUCAAGCAAAUUCAAACAGUUCAAAGAUUUAUGUGAUCUGAAUUCAGGUGUAAUAGCUUCUGCUGAUGGAAAAAUACCAACUAAAACAGAUUUAGAAGGAUUUUGGGAUCUUGUUAUGCUUCAGGUUGUGGAUGUUGAUUCCCAUUUUACAAAGAUUGAAAAAUUGAGGAGAAACAAUUGGAUUGAUGUAGAACCUGUAGUUGACCACACCAAGACUCCGAAAAAUCCAACUCUAAAGGACGGCAAAACGUCUCCGAAAAGAAAGAAUUCAAAAACCAAAGCAAGUGCAUCAAGAGGGGAAGACGCUAAAAAACGACAAGAAGCAAGGAAACGCCUGGCGGAAGCUAAGAAAGCAGCAAGAAAAAGACUUGUACAAAGUCCUAGCGAUGAUGGCGAUGUCAUUAUUUGCUCAACUCCGCCAAGAAAAUCUGAAUCUUAAGGUGACUGCCUACUAUAAGACAGCCCAAUGCAGUUACUGUCAUAUUGGUAUAAGUCAGCAUCACGAUUGAUUCAUGAAUCAUUCCAUGGAUCUACCAAUAGAUCUGCCAUCAUUCUAAUUCUGAUCUUGAAACGAAUCUUAUUUCUAUUUGUUAGUGUUACACUGUCCAUAUUUCAAGGGUGGUCACGUCAACUGGUUUGCUCUGUAGCACCAGCAAUUUCGCAUGUUUUAAUGUACAAAUAUCAACGAAACUAACAAACAAAAAAUAGAACAUUUUACAGCAUCAUGCAUGGUUAAUUUUAAUCGUGUGAACAUUUUUAACUAUAUGACAGUGACUGGUGGAAGCCAAAUAAAAGGAAUCUCGUUCAGGAUUGCGUGAUAUAUGCACUUGGGAUGUUGCUCGAAUUUAUAAAGCUUUCCGAAAGUCUCGCAACAUCCUACGCGCGUGGAUUACUUAAUCCUACAUGGAAAACCAUUUGGUAUUCCUUUUGUAAUUAAAUAAUUAGCUUGCUAAUCUUAUUAAUCAAUUAACAAUUAGGGUUUUGAUUUGUAACAAUUUCCUAUAUCAAUUCACAGCUCUUAACGGAGGAGCAUUUAUACUGUGCUUCUCUUGGGAAGCCGUUUCAAAAGACAUUGUUUUUGUCAAAUAUCUAUAUUAUGAAGUUUAUUUUAAAUUUUAUCAGAUGAUAUGAAAAUUUGUAGGUAUAUUAGUUGUAGAAGAAGAGUUAAGCUGUUUGUAUUGUAUCAAAGUCAGAAGCCAAAACUCUUAAAUAAGUACAGAAGUUGUAUAAGGGUGGUUUUACGCACAAGUUAAUUUUACCGAAACAAAUUUUACCAGCGAAAAAGGCCCUGUUUAAAUGGUCUUGUUUCACCUAAAGAGGUUAAGAUUUUGAUGACUUCGCUGUAUCAAGUCUUUCCUGGCGAAACCUGUCUUAGGAAUAAUGAAUUGUAGAGAAAAAGGAUAGGCAACUCAUUGAAAAUUGCUCUUAUUUUCUUCUUCAUAUUGUCAUUGUAAUAAUUAUUGCAACCUCACGGAAUUUACUUUAUAAUAAGUAUUUAUCCAAUAAAAACGAGUGCCAAGAUCUGGGAAGAUACUGCUAUGGUUGCCUAUCCUUUUUUAUGGUCUAAAUGGGUAUGGACCUCCUCAUUUUCGUAUGCAAAUUAUGUUUAAUAUAAUUGCGUGAUUUCUUUAAGAAGAUUUUAAUUUAUGAGGAUAUAAAUGAAAGAAUUGAGUAUUUGCAUGAAAACUUGAAGCAAAUGAAAAACGAACACGAUGCUGGGGAGGUAUGCCUAUUCCAAGCCUCGUAUUGAAAGAAAAUAUUAAACAAUUGUAUUUAUGG